UGUUCAGACCUUCGGUACUUUUAACUUGUUUUGAACCCUUCAACAAGUCCUUUGAAUAUUAUUGCUUGUAAGAUUACGUUUUUUCUUUCAUGGGCAACCUUAUUUUUCUGUUGAACUUUUUUCAGGUAAACUUUUCUACUGGACCACAUAAUUGACCUAAUCCUUCCUAGCUACAUGACCAGUUCAAAAUUUUACCUGCUCUCAAGGACACUGCAAACUGUGCUUCCCUAAGCAAGAUAUGAAAUAAUCUGCAAGGACAAAAGGCCAAAGCUACAAUUUUAUAUAAUCAUGCAAAAUAAGUAACAAUGCACUUGAAAGAAAAAAUGAAGACCCUCAAGAUUAUUCUAAAUCCUGUUUUCUUCAUUAUAUUAAUUCUUCUCUCCUCGCAUGUAGUGCCCAGUUUUUCUUUCACCUCUUUUGUGUUUGGAGACUCGUUGGUUGAUGCCGGAAACAAUGAUUAUCUGCUCACCCUCUCAAAGGCUGAUUCCCCUCCUUAUGGAAUCGACUUCAAGCCCUCGGGUGGGCAACCCACUGGAAGAUUUACCAAUGGUCGAACAAUAGCUGACAUUGUAGGUCAAGCUCUCGGAGCCAAAUCUUUUCCACCACCUUACCUAGCCCCAAACACUCAGACUGAGGCGAUUCUUAGGGGAAUCAAUUAUGCUUCUGGGGCUUCUGGAAUAUUGGACGAAACUGGGUUUUUCUUUAUUGGAAGAAUUCCACUUAGGGAGCAAGUGAAGUAUUUCGAGCAAAAUCGAAAUUAUGUGGUGAAUGCGAUGGGUGAAAAUCGUACCAGGGAAUUCUUAAAGAAGGCGAUCUUCUCUCUCACAAUUGGGUCCAACGAUAUAUUGAACUAUGUCCAACCAUCAAUACCAUUUCUGGGACAUGACAAACUCUUCCCCACAACAAUAUUCCUAGAUUCCAUGAUCUCCAACUUGACCAUUCAACUAAAGCGGUUGCAUGAAUUGGGGGCUAGAAAGUUGCUUGUUGUUGGGGUUGGACCACUGGGUUGCAUACCUUUUGUUCGAGCGUUCAAUCUAUUGCCAAGUGGAAAAUGCUCUGCUGAGGUGAACGCAUUGAUCCAAGGCUAUAAUGAGAAAUUAAAAGAGCUUUUGAAUCGUUUGAAUCAAGAGAUGGGACCUGAAGCAAUAUUUGUAUUUGCAAAUUCUUAUGAUAUUUUCAUGAAGAUCAUUGUUAAUUAUCAUCAAUAUGGGUUUGAGAAUGCUCAUGAGCCAUGUUGCGGUGGGUAUUUCCCCCCAUUCAUUUGCUUCAAAAGCCCAAAUUCAAAAGCAAGUACUUCAGCAUUGUGCAAUGAUCGAUCCAAGUACGUGUUUUGGGAUGCAUAUCACCCCACCGAAGCUGCUAAUCUUAUCAUUGCAAAAGAGUUGCUCGAUGGGGAUGAAGGCAGCAGCUCCCCUAUCAAUAUUCGGAAGCUUUACAACUACAAUUCCUAGUGACCUGCUGAGAAGCCUAGAGCAGAAAGAUUCGCAAUGUUGUAAAAUAAUUGAAAAGAGUUCUUAUGCAUAUAAUUAAUGCUUAAUGACUGCUGGUUGACAGGUUGAGAACAAAAUAUGUAAUGAGUGAUGGGACUGUUUGAUAAGAACAUAAAACAAUGGAGGUCUACCUAGGAAUCCCUGUUCAAUUCCUCACCUAGAAAUUAUACAUUCUAGCUAGCAA